UAAUCCCUGUGUAUCGAAGUCGUUCAUUAUAAGUGCAAUGUCACCUGACAUUAUUUGCCCAGAUUUUGGCUCAGUGCCAACGGCCAGGGAGCCGAAACGAAAGUAACUUACUAGAUUCUCGGAUCGUAACUGACAGGAAUAGCUAAGUUAACACCAUGGCUAGUGGAUUAGAAGAGAGAGUACCCACAAGUGGACUGGAGGAGAGAGUACCCACUAGUGGAAUAGAGGAAGUCAAGAAAGAGAACCAAAGAGACAAGAGGCUUGUUAUUGCAGCCAUAGAUUUUGGAACAACUUAUUCUGGUUAUGCUUAUGCCUUUCGAGGUGAAUUAGAAGACGCCAAAACUUCCAAAGAAAUGUGUAAUGUUUUGUUAAAAACAUGGCAAACUGGCAGUGAUGCAGGCCUCGUAUCUCACAAAACCCCCACGUGUCUUCUGCUGAAUUCGGCCGGAGAAUUCGAUUCAUUUGGCUUCAAGGCAGAGGAAAAGUACAACAAUCUUGCAAAUGAUAAUGCUCACGGGGGAUGGAAAUUUUUCAAGAAGUUCAAAAUGGUCCUUCUUCAUGAAAAGAAUUUGAGCAAAGAUACCUUGAUUUACGAUGACCAAAAUCAGCCCCUGGAAGCUGUCUCUGUAUUUGCUCAUAGUAUUACAUACAUCAAGGAAGAAUUGUGGAAACAACUGUCUAAAACUGGUUUUGAAGUUGACAAGAAAGAGAUUCAAUGGGUGAUUACUAUACCAGCAAUAUGGAACCCACGAUCCAAACAGUUCAUGAGGAUGGCUGCAGAGCAGGCAGGAAUAUUGAAGCACCAGUUGGAGUUUGCCUUGGAGCCAGAAGCUGCAGCUGUGUAUGUUAAAGAAAUCAAAGUUUCUAAAGAAUCCUUGUCCUGCGAUGAACACCAACUUGUUCCAUUUAAACCAGGGACACAGUUCAUGGUGCUGGAUCUUGGAGCUCCAAGUGACCGUUCAGGAAAAAUCGUAAUAGCGGCCAUUGACUUUGGAACUACCUAUUCAGGAUAUGCCUACACGUUCAAAUCGUAUCUCGAGGAAUCGAGAUCUGCACAUGAAAUGUGUAAAGUAUUAUCUCACAAUUGGCUGUCAGGAAGCGGAGGCGGACUAAUAUCCAACAAAACUCCAACAAGUCUUCUUCUGACCAAAGACAUGAAGUUCGAUUCGUUUGGUUACGAAGCUGAACAGAAAUACGGCCAACUUGCGAAUGAGAAAAAACAUUCAGGGUGGCGUUUCUUCAGAAAAUUCAAAAUGAUGCUGCAUAAAAACGACGUCUUGGUGAAAAACACGAGCAUAGAAGACGACCAGGGAAACUCAAUGCUGGCAUUGGAGGUUUUUGCUCACAGUAUUCGAUUCAUGAAGGGUAAACUUUUGGAAGAUCUGGAGAAAACUGGCUGCAAUGUAAAAGAAAAUGAAAUCCAAUGGGUUCUUACCAUUCCUGCUAUCUGGGAUCCCAAGUCCAAAGAAUUCAUGAGAGCUUCAGCAGAAGAGGCGGGUAUUGCAAGGGGUCAGUUAGAAUUUGCACUAGAACCAGAGGCAGCCUCUGUUUACAUCAAGGAGAUGCUGGUAUCCAAGGCUGUGACAGAGCAGGAUAUGGUGCCGUUUCAAUCGGGAACUCGGUAUAUGGUUCUCGAUCUUGGAGGCGGGACGAUUGAUAUUGUCGUUAAGAAGGUUCAGGAAGACAGAACUCUUCGGGAGCUGCACCACGCUUGUGGCAAUGGGUUAGGUGGCCAGUCCGUGAAUGAAAGAAUAACGAAUUAUCUUGAAGAGGUCUUCGGGAGAGAAGUUAUGAAAACGUUCAAAACAGACAUUACUCACAAAGCAAGUUGGUUAGACCUUGAAACAGAGAUCGAGCAGAAGAAAAGAUCUCUGCAAUAUGACAACAAAGGACGGUUAAAAUUGCAAAUUUCACCGUCUCUAUUUGAAAUUUUUGAGCUGAAACGCAAAAAGGAUGCCAAACAGCACAUCGAUUCUAUACAACAUUUAUCGCUUUCCAGAGAUAAAAUGUAUAUUCACAAAGACUUGAUUGGUGAGCUGAUCCAGCCUUCUAUUGAUAGCAUAUUGAAACUCGUGCACGGGAUUAUUGAUAGAAGUCAUUUGGAUCCCAUCUCUGAUGUCAUAAUGGUUGGAGGGUUCUCGCAAUGCAAACUGGUAUCUGCUGCUGUUAAAGACGAAUUCAAAGAAUUAAAAGUAGUAGUACCAAAUGAUGCUGACCUCGCAGUUUUAAAGGGAGCAGUUAUUUAUCGACACUGGCCAGAGGUCAUAUACUCACGCCGUGCCCCAUUCUCUCUUGGUGCUCGAUUUUCACGAGUUUGGCUCGAUGGGGAUGAUGUUCGAAAGCAAUUCACAACCAAAAGUGGCCAAAAGAUGUGUGGUGAUUGGUUUAGUAAAUUCGUUACAAAAAACGAGGAAUUCAGUUCCACAGACAAAGCUGCCCUAGAGGUUUAUCCCAUGGAGGCCAACACAGUAGCUGUCCCCAUCCAGAUUUUCAAGUCCGACGAGGAGGACCCGCGCUACACUACGGACUCGUCCUGUAAGAGUAUGGGGAGACCAUUUGACGUCGACAUGUCGGACUUGACAGGUGGCCUUGACCGAAAAGCUCAUGUCACCUUGACCUUAGGCAGUACGGAAAUAAAGGUUGAAGGACAACAAAUACCCGAUGGAGUUGUGAAAAGCAUAAAAUUUGACCUUCUUCAGGAUUGAAAUAGUGACAUUAUGGUCUUCACUAUCAGGUUAACGGCCUAACUUCUGUGAUAUAGAUACUUUUGUUUAAAUUUUGCAAAAAGAUUAAUGCUUAGCCUAUAUAUUCUAUUAAUAUUACUAAACUGACAUUAUAUGACCCCUUUUCAUUCAACAUUACGUAUGUGAUAACGUCCUAGUCUACCUCUCACCAACACGUAUUCACAGAACAAAAACUGCAUUGACUUUUUCUUACAAUUAAACAAAAUGUUACAGUUUUAUCAUGGAGAGUCCUAGUUCAUUUGUAUCCAAUAUAUUUAUUUUCCUUAUCAUCUCUGUUGUGGAGUUUCUAUUAAAAAGUCACUUGCAUUUUGGAAAAUACAAAAGGGUUAAUCUCGGCUGAAUAUUUGGACUGACCCUCAGUCGAGCCGAGAUUACAGUAUAAGGGUGUGAACUGUGACUCUUCACGCUGGCCUGUUAAUUCAUGAAGCGCUUCAUGAGAAGUAGGCCGGCAUGAAGCGCUUCAUGAGAAGUAGGCCGGCAUGAAGCGCUUCAUGAGAAGUAGGCCGGCAUGAAGCGUUGCAGUUUAUACCCUCAUGUAAUUUCAAAACUGAAAUUUAUUUAUAUAUAUACACUGUGUAAUAUAUAUUUACUUUCUACUUUCUUUUCUGUCCAGGCGUUAAAAUAGACAUAUACUACUGGUACAUUUAUCAAGAUCGCAACUGUUGUGCAUUCAUGAGGAAAUGCCUACCAUUACAAUUGUAGAGAUAUCAAGUGCAUAAACAGACGAAAUGUAAAUAUGUUCAUGUGUCAGGAUGUCAUUCGAACACGACUUUUGUACAGUUCGGAUCGGAAGAGUGUAUGACGUAUGCGUGCGUAUGAUGUACGUGUAUGGGUGCGUAUGAUGUGAGAGUCUAUGAAUGUACAUAUAUGAUGUGAGAAUGUAUGAUGUAUGCGUGUGUAUGUUGCAUACUAUAUGAUACGAAAACCCCUAGCUUCCUAAGAUGACACGAACCCAAAAUAUUCAAACUUUGGACUUUUUCGCCAAUAAAAAAAAAUCAUGUGACCUAUCUUUGCUACAUGUCAUUCAAAUGAUUCAUUCUCUACCCAGAGUUCCGUGCAGCUUGCGUAACACACCCUCUGGUGAGAAAAUGUCAAGUGAUUCUCACGUUAACAGCGAAUUACAAAAGACCGGUUGAGUUUUCAAUUGCCUGCUGGAUUGAUCAAUAGACUUAAUUACAAUUUGGUCAGCCAAGAAUCAUAUUUGGUCUGAAUGUAGGUCAUAAAUGUAAAGGUUUAUAUUAUCUAUAAAUAUGCUACAAAAAUACUGUCAAGGGCAAUAACUCCUAUGUUGGUGUUUCUCUUUUAUGCAUGUCUAUUAUACAAUGAUUUUCUUGAUGUCCACAAUUUAUAAAAUUUUGUCAUUUCAACCAGGUUUGAUGUAUUUUUUAUCAUGCUGUUUAAUGAAAAUGCAUGAUUUUCUGAUGUUGAUAUAGACUUUGUUUUUUUGUAUAUCUGACCUUCUAAAAGGUUAGCAACAUAUAUAUUUUCUUCCGUUAUUGAUUAAAUCAAAUUAGAUAUGAAGUGGAAA